AUGGAUAUAUUACCUACCAAUAAUGAUGAAAAGACGAAAGUUACAAAGAAAAUUAAAUGUUCGUAUAAGCUUAGAAAUCUUCGUCAAUGUCUUAUGUUUAAGCCUCAAAUUUUAAAGCUAAUUUUGAAAAUGCGGCACUGUAUAAGCAAGAAAAAUGUUAUUUUAACACGAUUGAAAAAGCAAUUAAAGUUGUUGACAAACAUUGAAGUGGUUACAUCUUAUGCACAAACAGAUGAUACAAGUUUUGAUUUAGGAAAAAGGCAGAUUUCAGAAGAACUUGGGGAAAAAAAGGCAACAGUAAAUGAUGUAUAUACCCAAACUGAAGAUAUUUUAGUUUAUGAUAAUAUAACAAAGCACGAAUCUUGUCUUAAAGGAAAAGUGGAUGAGCCAGAACCUGCUUGGAAUAUUAACAAAGAAGGAGCUGAUAAAGAAAAAAGCAUUGCAGAACAGGUUGAAGAAGUUGCCCAAUCAGCUUUAAGAGAAACAGGAAUGGUGUAUGUUGAUUCAGCUGGAAUGUAUUACGAUUACAAGACAGGGUACUAUUAUAAUUCCGAAUUGGGUUUAUACUACCAUACGGAUACCGGUUGCUACUAUUAUUAUUCAGAUGAAAAACAAAAUUUUGAAUUCCAUUCAUAUCCUGAUAGGAGUGCUGAAAAUGCAAAUGCAUCUUUAAUAAAGCAUCAAAAAAAGAAAGCCAAAAAACAUAAAAAGGCAAUGAAAACGAAUAUUGAUAACCUGACGAAAACAUUCUCUCAGGGAAAAGAAGAAGAUGAUUCUGAAGAAUCCAGCAAACCAAAGCGAAAAAAGAAUUCACAUGAAAAGAAGAGCAUUGAGGAAGAAAAAUGUAAUACAGCUGUGAAUCAAAAUAUUGAUUUGGAAACAAAGAAGAAUGUGGAGAAUGAUGAGAGCGAAAAGCUUGUAAAACUUGAAACUUCAGUAAAAGUGGUAGAAAAAGAAGAAGUGAAGGUGGAAAAAGAAGAUGAGAUGGAAGAUGGCGAAUGUAGUGAAACUGAUGGUGAAGAAGAAGCCGACAAGGAUAAUGAGGAAGACUCGGACCUAAAUAAUAGCACCUCAACUGACACUGAUGAUGAAUCCGUAACUAAAUAUCAUCCACCAUGCAUACGUUUGAUAGUACGCGAAUCAAACCUACAAAAGCUGAAAGUCGGAAGUCUUUUUCUCAUCACCAAAGAUGGCGGCUCAAUUGGUAGAGAAGGUGACCAACAUGCUAUCGUUAUAAACGAUAGUAAUGUAUCGAGGAACCACUUGGACAUAAGAUACAAUUUGGAGCGAAACGUUUACCUGGCAACGGAUCUUGGGUCUAAAAACGGAACAAUUCUGAACGGGAUUCGGAUGUCGGAAAGUCAAGAUAUAAGCGAGCCUAUGGAGGUGGUUCAUGGGAGUGUGAUACAGUUGGGCGAGACGAAACUCUUGUGUCAUAUACACCCUGGCAAUGACACGUGUGGACAUUGCGAACCUGGACUGAUAAUAGAAUCGGAAGAAAAGGAGCGAAAAGUCGCUUACACACGAACUUGUAGCAUCCAAAAGCAACACCAGUUAGAGUUGGCACGUCUAAAGAACAAAUAUGCGAAGCAACCUUUAGCAAUAGAAGCACAGCCCUACAACGACAGGGCUCAGGCACGAAGAGAAGCUGUUGGUUCGUCGCAUCACGCUGAAAAAACGCAGAGUACUGAUUUAGACACAUUUAUAGAACCAGAAAAUAAAGGAUUCAAAUUGUUGGAGAAGAUGGGCUGGACAAAAGGCGAGGGCCUCGGCAAGGACAACCAAGGUGACAAGGAACCUAUUCCGCUAGUGAGCAACGAGGGUAAGGCCGGACUGGGUACUUCGAGCUCUGCGCCCGCAUAUUAUGCACCAACUUCCAAUCUAGGCCCUGCCACUUUGCGGUUGGCGGCACGCACAAAGAUGCUCCAGCCUCCUGCCAAAGUUUUUCAAGAACAAUUAGGUUAUGAUUCGGAAUAA